GGAGGGCAGGACGUGCUGCUGACGGGCAGCUUCAACAGCUGGGCGGAGCUGCUGCCGCUGGCGCCCAACCCCGCCACCGGCACGCACACGCUGCGCUGCUGCCUGCCCCAGGGCCACUACCAGUUCCAAUACUUUGUGGACGGCCAGUGGCUGCUGUGCCCCACACAGCCCACCUCGCUGACGGAGCAGGGGCGCCUCGUCAACAGGUGGGGAGGGGAGCCGGGGCGGGGAGGGGAGCCGGGGCGCGCAGCCGACACCUGA